AUGGAUGGGUUUACUAUCUGGAGGGAAGACUGUGCUCCUAUUUGCUUCGUAUACUUUGAAGAUGGAUCAAUGAACAAGAGCUGGAUUAGAGGAGUGAUCAGCUCAAUUUUCUCUACAGUGCUUCAAAAUAAGCCUCUGUUUAACAAAGAGGAAAUAACGCAUUUGCAGCGAGCGCAGAAUGACGAACCGUUCAUUGUUUUCAUCAACCGUUUUGACCUAUUGACAGUGGGGGAUGUUUCGGGUCUCGAAGCGCCACAAACGGUUCAUUGUCCCUUCGAUCCAAAAAAUAAAUAA